CUUUGAACUGACAGUUGUCAUUCGGUUCGUGAUUCACGAGUAGAGAUACAUAUUUAAUAUGGGCAUUGCUCAGUCUUUACCCCGGGUAGGGGCGCAACCAAUUGUGUGAGGAAAUUUACAAACAAGACUUUCAAGAUGAUGGAAAUAUGGUCAUUCCUGGGAAUUUUGCUUUUGUAUGCCAUUUUUCGUCUGCUUCACUGGAGUAGUAUGCCUACAGCCCCAACGCUGUACUGGCAAGAAGGGUCCAAAUUCGUUCAAGAUAUCAUCAGCUCCUGCCCAUUUUUAACUGAACCAUACAUUCCGCCGCAUUGGUGGGGAAAGAGCGGCCAUAUACAGACCAUUGUCUAUGCAAAGUUAGGCAGAGUAAGCUCCCCUUUCCCUAAGGGAGAGCGUCACCAUGUUGUCUUGCCUGAUGGGGCCACCAUAAUAUAUGAUGUUUUCCAACCACACAGAGCCCAUGAAUCAGGAGGUGACUAUACUAUCACAGUUUGUCCGGGGAUUGCUAAUUCCAGCGAGGCAUCCUACAUCUGUACGUUCGUGAACUACGCCCAGGAGAAUGGCUACCGCGUCACCGUCCUCAACCAUAUCGGUGCUAUACGAAGUGUCAAAAUUACAAGCUCAAGAAUUUUCACCUAUGGUGGUACUGAAGAGUUCCACACGAUGAUACAGGAAGUGAGACAGAUGUAUCCUGGGACCAACCUCAUCGCCUGCGGCUUCAGUAUGGGUGCUAACAUUGUCGUCAAGUAUCUCGGCGAGAAACCGAAAAACCAGCAGCAGUUCCUGUGUGCCUUAUCAAUCUGUCAGGGUUACGAUGUUAAUCAUGCCACGUCGCUGCUCCAAGACUGGCGGUACCUGCGUCGCGUUUACCUGUACGCCAUGACAGCUAACCAGAAGGGGAUGAUGACGCGCCACCAGGACAUCCUGAUGGAUCAAAAACUUCUACAGACGUGUGACAUCGACGCCGAGAAAAUCUACAGCUCUACCUCGCUGAUAGAAAUCGACGAACUUUACACCAGGAGAAGGCUGGGGUUCGAGUCCCUCCAGGAAUACUACAGCUGGUGCAGUUGUCAGCCCUUCAUGCAUGACAUUGAGAUCCCGCUGUUUCUGUUGAAUGCUGAAGACGACCCAAUCAUACCAAUGCCCUUGGUUGACGUGGCUAAGGAUUAUGCAAUAAAACAUGACAAGAGUCUGCUAGCAGUGACCAAACAUGGCGGGCAUCUUGGAUACUUCGAGGGUCAGGGUCUGUGGGCAGAUCCCAUCACCUGGCUGGACCGGUCCAUUAUCCAGUACGCCAAUGCCAUCGUUGCCUUCCACAUCCGCGGGAAAUUGUGAUGUAGAAUUAGUCUGAGUGAUAAGUAAUCUAUCUGUCUGUGCCUGGAGAUUUCUGAUAGUUUUCCACUGUUGCCUUGUACUUCUGUGGGAAAUUGUGAUGUAGAAUUAGUCUGAGCGAUAAGUUAUCUAUCUGUCUGUGCCUGGAGAUUUCUGAUAGUUUUCUGAUAGUUUUUCACUGUUGCCUUGUACUUCUGUGGGAAAUUGUGAUGUAGAAUUAGUCUGAGUGAUAAGUUAUCUAACUGUCUGUGCCUGGAGAUUUCUGAUAGUUUUCUGAUAGUUUUCCACUGUUGCCUUGUACUUCUGUGGGAAACUGUGAUGUAGAAUUAGUCUAAGCGAUAAGUUAUCUAACUAUCUGUGCCUGGAGAUUUCUGAUAGUUUUCCAUUGUUGCCUUGUACUUCUGUGGGAAAUUGUUAGGUAGAUUAUUACGUUUUAGAGAGAGUCAUCUAGAUGUUUGUUUCAGGUGCUUCACACAAUGUUAUCUGUUAUCAAGUUCACCAACCCUUUCGCCUUCGAAAUGUGGAGGAAAUUGUGAUCACUGUUGAUUUUACAUUUAACCCUUUCACCCCUAGGUAACUCUACCGUACAUUUAUCUGGAUGAGUCCAUUGUGGUCUUCAGUGGUGAA